AUGUGGGCGCCGGGGGCCCCGCCGGGGCCCGCGGGCUGGGACCGCCGCAGGGUGGGCGCCCGGCUGCGCGCGGCGCUGGCCGGGCUGCACGAGCUGCAGGGGCUGCGCGCCACGCAGCAGGCGCGCGUGCGGGACGCCCUGGCCAUGCACCCCCAGGCCGGGCCCGCGCGCCCCGAGCGCCCCCGCGGCCCCCGCGCGCACGAGCUGCGGCUGGAGGCGGCGCUGGCGGCGCUGCAGGAGCAGCUGAGCCAUCUACGGCACCAGGACGUGGGCCCGAAAACCCACCUGGGGCAGCUGGACCGGCAGAUCAGCGAGCUGCAGCUGGGCGUGCGCAGACCCUGUGGCGAGGCGGCCGACAGCGACAGCAGGCACAGCUCAGGCUUCUACGAGCUGAGCGACGGUGGGUCCUGCUCCCUGUCGGCCUCCUGCACGUCCGUGUGCAGUGACCGCAUGUACUCCUCCCUGAGCACCUUGCUGCCGGCCGACCCCACGGCCAGGCCCCGGUCAGCCGACGACACCACGGUGCAUGCAGCCCCUCCACCCACCUGUAGACCCCAGGCCGCCGAGGAGGGCGAGUCCCGGCCCAGGCCGGUGUCCACAGGUGAUCUCGAAACAGUCCUGCCGUCGCCGGUGGCACUCCAGAAAGCCAGUGCAGACCCCGCGUCCACGUCCCUUCUCUGCCACGGGAUGGACUUGCCGGCCCACGUGCCAGACCCCAAGUACCGGCGUGACCUGGUGUCCACGGGGGGCAGGGAGGUGUACCCGUACCCCAGCCCCCUGCACGCUGUGGCUCUGCAGAGCCCGCUUUUUGCUCUGCCCAGGGACGGCCUGCACCCCGAGGCCCAGCCGACCCCUCUGAAGCCCCCCGGCCCCGCGGGCCCAUCCACCCCAACAAGACCUGUCCGUGAGGCUGGCCCCACUGCAGCCUACAUAGACAGGCUACUGAGGCUGCGGGGCCAAGGGACUCCCACGAGGAGGGGUGUGGGUGGGCAGGGGUCCCCAAGACGUGAGGAGCCCCCAACCCCGCAGGAACUUGGUGGCCAGAGAGUGGACAGUCCCAGCGGCCUAGGGAAGCCGGUGUGCACCCCGGGGAGAGCAGGAGCCGGCGGGCUGGCCCAGAGGCGGGGCGCCAGCAGGGACAGCCUCGGACAGCAGGGUCUUCCAGGGAGGGGACCCAAGCCCUCGACCGCCUGCGUCCCUGGGGACACCAUGCUGGGCUCCCCUCAGCCGAGGUGUGGACGUGCCCCAUCUCCUGGGGCCCAGGCGGCUGUCAAGGGUCAGGAGAGCACAGUCCUCUCACCUACCAGGAAGGCAGGAGGGGAGAGCCCCGCUCUGGGCCCCGGGGGGUGCGCCCGCCUCCCGUUUGCUGCCAGGGGAGCUGCUCUCCUGGGGCUGAAACCCGCCCCCCCCAGGACAAAGGCUGUGAAGAUCAGGAAAGGGGCCAGUGACAAGGUGCUGAGGUUUGGGGGGCAGCAGCCAGCGGGGGGUCCCCUCACAGCCCCCCAGCCGCCCCCCGAGUGGGGGGACAGCCUCAGGAGGAGACCCACGCUGGCCGGGGUGGUGCCCAGCCGGUCCUGCUCUGAGCCCAGACUCUACCCCGUGCCCUUCCUGGUGCCCCUGCUGGUGGCCCGACGGGAGGGCCGCGGGGUCCCCACACAGGCCGACGGGGAGGUGCGGAAGAAACAUCGCAGGUGGCUGUCCUCCGCGGAGGUCUCAGGCGGCCUGGGGCCCCACAGGCCGGCCGUCGGCAGAGGGGGCGAGCCGCGGCCCGUGUGCACCCCAACCAGGUCCAGGCCGCACCCCCAGGCCCCCCGCGCCAGGAGCGAGUCAGAGGGCUCCGAGCUCUCGGCCGAGUGCGCCUCCCUGCUCCCCUCCACUGUCGCGGAGACGAGCGAGGACGGGGCCAGCGACCACACCACCAGCCGCUUCGGGGACAGGGAGUCCAGCAGCAGUGACUCGGAGGGCGGGGCCUGGCCUGGGGCACGUCCCCCGCAGCCGCCCAGGGCCCCAGCCGCCCGCAGGCCGCCCCUGCCCCCCGUACCCAAAGUGUGCCGCAUCAAGGCCUCAAAGGCCCUGAAGAGAAAGAUCCGGAGAUUCCAGCCGGCGGCGCUGAGGGUCAUGACCACGGUGUGAGCCCGCAGGAGACGGCCGAGGGCCGAGCCCGUGCCAGGGAAGCCGUCCUCCCCAGGAACCGCGAUGGCAGCGCGUGACCACACCAACGGGCAGGUUGGCCAGAACUUUGGAAAAACCAUAAGAAAACCAGCCAAAGUGUAGACUUACGGACAUUCGUGUAACAGGCGGCUACUUUCAGGAUGCAGUUUAAAGAGAUAAACAUUUUAAAAAGUGA